UUGCGUUCUAGGGGACUGUGGUUUUGGGGCGCGAUUUGCUGAUGUGAUGUAUUUAGCUCGGCUUGUUGGCAUGCACACUUUUUGAGUGAGUCGAGUUUGUAAGUUUGCAUUUCACGUGAAUGACAGUAGUUUGUGUUUCAUUGUGUCUAGAAAGUUGCUUAACGCUAUGAAAGAAUCCAAGAUCACUUCAAGCUCGGACGUUAGCAUGGGAGUUCAACAGGGCGGUCUAGAAGAAAUGAAAAUCGCAGGUGGAAGCAUUGUGGAUGACAAGCCUGUCUUCAGUGCAGGCUCAAAGUUCUUGUUUGUUGUCAAUGAUGGAAAGGUUCAUGCUUACAAUGCUGCAACGGGCGAAUUGGCUCAUCUUCUGGAGACCAAGUCACCAAUAGUGGCAGUGUAUCCUGACGCCUCGAAUCAUCGCCAUGUCACAACUUGUGACAGUGAAGCCAAUAUCAUCCUGUGGGACUUCCCCCUGGGGACAUCACUGAAGAAACGCAGCUUCGCCGCGCUGACGUCAGAUGGCAGCGCGAUGGUGGGCCUGUUGCGGCCGGCCGGCGCUGUCGAGCCGUACGUUCUGCUGCGCCGGUCCGGCACGGACGACUCGGCCGAUCUCGUGCGGCCCGUCAAGAACGCCACGCUCGCCCAGGAGGUGGUGCGGGGUGUGCGGCGAGGCACCGCCGGCAGAUGGGAGGUGGCGUUCGGCGGCGACGGCCGCAUGGUGGCAGCACUGGUCAAGGCCGACACCAUUCUUGUGCGCAACCUGUGGCAGAAAGAGAGCGCCAAAACACAUCAGUACAACACCUGCGAUCGGACAGCGCCCGUCCCUUCACCUGCCUGGCGUGUCACCGACGGAGACGUACCUGGUGAGUGGCGGAGAGAGUGCGUGCUGGUGUACUGGCACGGCCAGGACGAGCAGCCCGCCUUCCUGCCGCGUCUUGGUAUGCCCAUCCGCCACGUCACGGUCUCGCCCGACAACCAGCUGGUGCCACGUCACACGCCGACAACGCGAGCACACGCCCUGCACGCGGGCUCCCUGGCGACCCGGGGCGUCGGCGGUGUGGUGACGCCUCACAUCAUCGCCGCCUCUGACCUGCCCCCUCUCCCGGCAGUGAUUCGGCUGGUGAGCGCCCAGCGCCAGGUGACGCAGCUGAUCCGCGGCCUCAGCUGGGGCGCCGGCGCCGGCCCGGCCACCGGCCUGGUGCUGGAGCCUCGCUGCGGCGCGCUGCUGCUGAACGGCGCCGUCGGCCACCUGCAGCUGUUCUCGCCGCACGACCGGCGCGACCUCUACAGCAUCGACGUGGUGCAGACCAACUACCUGACGCGCGAGCGGACGGGCGCGCCGGUCACGUGUGACGUCACGCGCGCGGCGGUGACGUCAGACGGCGGCUGGAUGGCCACGCUGGAGGAGCGCGACGACGGCCGGACGACGCCCGAGCGGCGGCUCAAGUUCUGGCGCUUCGACGCGGUGCAGCAGAGUUACGCGCUGAACACUUGCGUGGACGACCCCCACGACAGCACACUGACGGCGCUGGAGUUCCAGCCGGGCCCCGACGCGAAGGUGGCGCCUCUGGCGGUCACCACCGGCACCGACGGCGCCAUCAAGUACUGGUGUCUGGUCGAUGACUCGGACAUCUACAGCAGCAAGAGCUGCUGGAGCUGUGACGCAGUGGGCUCCCACCGUCGCCUGCCGGCCGGUUGUGCCGCCUUCUCGGCCGACGGCGCCCGGCUGGCGGUCGGCUUCGCGGCGGCCGUCACCGUCUGGGCGCCUGACCGCAACCUGCUGCUGCACACGCUCAGCAACGUCACACUGCGCGAUGACGUCCGGCAGGUGGUGUUUGGACGCGGCCAGUGCUGCCAUCUGUUGGUGGCCCGCGCUGACUCCGGUCUGCGUGUGUGGAACCUGGAGACGUUGACCCUGACCGCCCGGAUCGACCUGCGGGUCACGCUCCUCAUCCCUGACCCAGGCUCCGAGUAUAUGGCCGCGUUCAGCGCCACCAACAAAGUGUUUGUGUUCCGGCCGAGUAGUACGCGGCCGGUGCACCAGGCGGCGCUGGGGCGGCGCGUCUCGGCCGCCUGCUUCGUGCCGCACAAGAGCCCGCGCCCGGAGCUGCCCCAGUGGCAGCGCGCCUCCCAGCUGUUCUUCCUCAACGACCAGCAGGCCCUGCACACGCUGGACCUGCCCGGGGCGGACGCCGUCCCCACCGCCGGUGACGUCAUCAGCGGUCACGUGACGCCGACGCCGUUCUCGGCACUGGUGGCCGAGCAGCGCCGCUCGGCGGUCACCCCGGGCCAGCUGAGCUCACAGUCGGAGGUCACGCCCGGCCUCCAGCAGAUGCUAGAGAUGCUGGAGGCGCCGAGCCACACCCUACCGCCGCUCACUCGGCUCUGUUCGCCGUUCCUGGAGGCCAUGCUGUAUCCCAGAGACAGGGAGCCGGACGAGCCGAUGGAGGAGGCCUCGGCCGCCGACACAGCCGCGGCGCCGGAGACGGCGACUGCCGGUCGCGCGGCGCCGUCGCUCGACGCUCGGCUAGACCACCUGCUCGUCGCCGACAUGUCUUGGCUCGCGGUGUGACGGGCGGGGGCCCACGGCGGACUCCAGUGCCAUCCACGGCGCGCGCGGCCUGCAGGCGACACGCGGGCACGGCUGGCGCGGCGGACAAUGCCGAGGCGUUGGUGCACUCAUGUCUCCUAGGCUGGACAGCACACGGCUGUUGGCAGAGUUCCGUGGUCUGAAUUCAUCACAUCCGGUCGUGGUGGGGGUGUGUUGGAUACGUGCGGUGUGGUCUGUCCGUGCAGACCAUGCGUGGUGUGCUAGGGUGCGGCGUGACUUGAGCGUGACUGCCCUGCGCCGCGGGGACGCCCAUGGUAAUAUACGGUGCAUUGUUAUUGACUUGGA